UUGAAGCACUCAAUCAUGAAAGAGAGAUGAGAAAGACAGAAAAAGAGGAGAGAGAGAGAGAGAAGAAGUACUUCUCAGACUAAGAGGUUCACUGUGUGUCUCUGACUUCGAUGCAUGCAAGAUGAACAAGAAGAUGACGAUGAUGAUGAUGCAAAUAUUCUUCUGAUUAAACCAACAAUGAAGUUCUGCUAUUUGCUACUCAUGAAUCAUCACUGCAACAAUUCUGCAUUUGGGUUUCUCUCUGAUUGAAAAAAAUAUCACAUUUAUUGGAAAUCAAAAUCAAUACUUUGUUUAAAGAAGCAUUUAAUCAUUUUUUAAAUUAUUAUAAUUCCUACUGCUAAUCCAUGCCAAUUGCAAGGAAGAUAAUCGUUUGUGUAAGGAAUGAGGUAUUAAGGAUCAUUCUCGGAAGAAUUUUGAUCUCAUGGCUGAUUCUUCUUCCAAUCUCUCUUUACCUCCUGACACAGUAAGCGCAAGACAAAUAAGGUCCUCACUAUUUCACACCUCCGGUUCUAGGGUGGGAGCUGGUGUGAAAAACUUACCGGAUUCUGAAUCCGCUUGGAGCCCUACUUCUCCUCUCGAUUACAGACUCUUCUCAAAUCUUAGCAAUGUUUUUAGCGCUAAGUCUUCUAGACCUUCAUUCCAAACCGAGAAUAAGAAGCCGUUAGAUGGAAGUAAAGUAGGCCUUGGUAUCAUAACUUCUCUUGUUAAUGAAACCAAACCUAAUAACGAGAUCCUUGGUAAAUUUCCAAGGAAAAAUAUAAUUUUUGGAUCACAAGUGAAGAAUCACAUACUUCAAUUCUCAAAGAAUAACCAUGAAUCUCUUGCACCUUUUUUGAAAACCAAUUCCUUGCCCAAAAACUAUGUCAUUUCACUUCCUUCCGAAACCAAAAGUCCCACACUUCCUUCCAAAACCAAAAGUCCCAAAUCAGAAGUCGAAAGCUUUGAUGAUGAUGUCAAUCGAGAAUCUAAAGGUCUUAGAAGUUCUGUGGUGUCUUCGCCUGAUUCCUCUAGGCCUUCUUCAUUAAUCAACUCAAACCAAAGCUCUAAUUUGGGAACCAAUGAUUUGUUUGUAGACGUUACAUCUACUCCAUUGAGUUUGCUUCCGGUUACAAACACAAGCUCACAAGUAGAUGAUUCUUUAAAAAUUAUAUCAAGUUCACUCCCAGUAUCCAUUGAUUUCAGCAAUGGAUAUGUAGGCUCACUCUCUGCAAAAGAGAUAGAGCUUUCGGAGGAUUAUACUUGUAUAAUUUCUCAUGGUCCAAACCCGAAACGAACACAUAUAUUUGGUGACUGCAUUUUGGAAUGUCACAACAAUGACUUUACUGAGUUCAGCAAGAAAGAAGAAUCAGCACCUCAUCGUUUUGACAGUGUUAUGAGCUUUUGUUACACAUGUGAUAAGAAAUUUGACGAGGAGGGCGAAGACGUUCACGCUUAUAGUGACGAGAAAGCAUUUUGCAGUUUUAAGUGUCGAUCGGAGGAAAUUUUGGCAGAAGAGGAAAUGGAGAAAACUUGCACUAACACAGCAAAGAGCUCUCCCAACUCAAGUUACCAUGAUGAUAUCUUCCUCAUGGGUCUGCCAGUGUCCAAAUAACAUGCUUUAGCAUGAAAUUGUUGUGAAGGUAAAAGGUGUAGACAAUUUUAUUUGCAGACAAUUACCUAUGUGAGUUUGUUUUUGCUAUGGCCUUUGGGUUAUUGCUGUGCAAAGUAUGCUAUGUGUUAGUUGUCAAGAACCAAGUUUUAUGGUUUUGUAGCUAGGAAAGGAAUUGUUUUCUCCAUUAUGAUGAUUCAGAACAGUUAUGCGAAUUGUAAUGUUUAAUGGAUGAGUUGAAAGAGGCCACCGGGCCCUCUCUCGUUCAUAUUUUAUAGUCUAUUGUUGUUUUUUUUAUUCUACCAACCCAAUCAUAUUGCAUAUUUGCACACUGUAUAGUUUGAACAUCACCAUGUGUCAAUGGUUGGAUUAGAGAUAAGAUCAUAUAUGAUAAAAACAUUGUGACUUCAUUUGAGUCAUUUUGUUUGAUUCAUGUUGCUGCUCUGCAUAAUGAGAUGAGGUUUGGUUGUUGUUGCUUGUUGUA